AAACCCAAGCUCAAUUGCACUUUAUUAUACCCCAAACUCAAUCCCCUUUUCAAUCCAACACAAACCGUCACAAUGCCCAUCCAAGUUCCCCAGUCCACCGAGCUCAAGGACCUCUUCAGCCUGAAGGGCAAGGUCGUCAUUGUCACUGGUGCCUCUGGCGAGACCGGUAUUGGCACCGAGGCUGCCCGUGGAUGCGCUGAGUUCGGCGCUGAUGUUGCCAUCACCUACAACUCGCGCUCAUCCGGAGCUGAGAAGAAUGCCAAGGAGAUGAGCGAGAAGUACGGCGUCAAGGUCAAGGCCUACAAGUGCCAGGUCGGCGACUACUCGUCGUGCGAGAAGCUCAUCAAGGACGUCGUAGCCGACUUCGGCAAGGUCGAUGUCUUCAUUGCCAACGCCGGCAAGACGGCCGACAACGGUAUCCUCGACGCUACUGUUGAGCAGUGGAACGAGGUCAUCGAGACCGAUCUCACUGGAACCUUCAACUGCGCGCGUGCCGUUGGUCUUCACUUCCGCGAGCGCAAGACUGGCUCCCUCGUUAUCACUGCCUCCAUGUCUGGCCACAUUGCCAACUUCCCCCAGGAGCAGGCCUCGUACAACGUUGCAAAGGCUGGCUGCAUUCACUUGGCCAAGUCGCUUGCCAAUGAGUGGAGGGACUUCGCCCGUGUCAACUCCGUCUCCCCCGGAUACAUUGACACUGGUCUUUCCGACUUCGUUCCCCAGGACAUCCAGAAGCUGUGGCACUCCAUGAUCCCCAUGGGUCGUGAUGCCAAGGCAACUGAGCUCAAGGGCGCUUACGUCUACUUCGCCUCUGACGCAUCUUCGUACUGCACUGGAUCUGAUCUCCUCAUUGACGGCGGUUACACCGUCCGAUAAGCGCAUCGCCCAGUGUGAACGACGCAGACGAACGAUACAUUACGAACAAGCAUGGGAGUUAUGCUGAAGCAACUCUAUCUUCCCUGUAGCUAUUACCGUUAUGAUAUGAACAAACGUCUUUGA